GCUGCCCGCUCCGGCGGCUGCGCUGCUCGGCCGCGGGGACGUCGCGCCAGAGUCUCCAGCAUGAACGAGCUGAGGCUUAGGGCGGUCCGCGAACCGGACGCACCGCCAGAGUACAAGGAGUCAGAGCCAGAUACAAAGGUAGAUGGAGAGACUGCAUCGGACAGUGAGAGCCGAGCAGAAGCUGCUCCCCUCGUGACCUCUGCGGACGAUACCCCGGAGGUCCUCAACAGGGCCCUUUCCAACUUGUCUUCAAGAUGGAAGAACUGGUGGGUGAGAGGCAUCCUGACUUUGGCCAUGAUUGCGUUUUUCUUCGUCAUCAUUUACCUGGGACCAAUGGUUUUAAUGAUAAUUGUGAUGUGUGUUCAGAUAAAGUGUUUCCACGAGAUUAUCACUAUUGGCUACAAUGUCUACCACUCCUAUGACCUGCCCUGGUUCAGGACCCUCAGCUGGUACUUUCUGCUGUGUGUAAAUUACUUCUUCUAUGGUGAAACAGUGACAGAUUAUUUUUUUACGCUGGUCCAGAGAGAGGAGCCUUUGCGGAUUCUCAGCAAAUACCACCGAUUCAUUUCCUUUACUCUCUACCUAAUAGGAUUCUGCAUGUUUGUGCUGAGUCUGGUCAAGAAGCACUAUCGCCUGCAGUUCUACAUGUUUGGCUGGACCCAUGUAACAUUACUGAUUGUCGUGACCCAGUCACAUCUCAUUAUUCACAACCUGUUUGAAGGAAUGAUCUGGUUCAUUGUCCCCAUUUCUUGUGUGAUCUGUAAUGACAUCAUGGCCUAUAUGUUUGGAUUCUUCUUUGGUCGGACCCCACUCAUCAAGCUGUCCCCAAAGAAGACCUGGGAAGGCUUCAUCGGGGGCUUCUUUGCUACCGUGCUGUUUGGCCUUCUGCUGUCCUAUGUGAUGUCUGGGUACAGAUGCUUUGUCUGCCCUGUGGAGUAUAACAGUGACACCAACAGCUUCACCGUGGACUGUGAGCCCUCGGACCUGUUCCGCCUGCAUGCGUACAACCUUCCUGAGGUGAUCCAGUCGGCCAUUGGCUGGAAAAUCGUCCGGAUGUACCCCUUCCAGAUUCACAGCAUUGCCCUGUCCACCUUUGCCUCGCUCAUCGGUCCCUUUGGAGGGUUCUUUGCAAGUGGAUUCAAACGAGCCUUUAAAAUCAAGGACUUUGCCAAUACCAUUCCUGGUCACGGAGGCAUCAUGGAUCGCUUUGACUGCCAGUAUCUGAUGGCCACCUUUGUCAAUGUGUACAUCGCCAGUUUUAUCAGGGGCCCGAACCCGAGCAAGCUGAUUCAGCAGUUCAUGACCUUGCGGCCAGACCAGCAGCUCCACAUCUUCAACACGCUCAAGUCUCACCUGACCGACAAGGGGAUGCUGACAGGUGCCACGGAGGACUAGCAGGGCCACGCAGGGCUGGGAGAGCCAGAGCAGGACUGAGCGAGGGGCAGAGCUCCAAGGCAAGCCCAGCUGCUGUGACUUAGACAAUGGCAAGGCUUCAGCUCACUGUCUUUUUGUUUUUUGUAGAGUGUUUUAUAUCUGUGGGUUUUUUAAAAAGUUGUACGUACAGUCUAUGUGCUUAUGUUUUGGGUUGUGAGUAAACUACAGCUUUGAGUUGGAAUGAAGUCAUGGGGUAAAAAUUUGGGUUUUUUAAACGUUUUAAAAACCUGGAAGACAGUGUUGCCCAGCUCAGGUGUGGCUGCGUGGAGCUUCUAGCUCCCAUCAGCUGAAUGUUUCUGGGCUCCAUCAGAGAGUGGCUGUUCAUCUGUGUCCAACCAGUUCAGGGCCCCCCAUAUUUGUCUUUGUAUUUGUUCCCUGCCAGCAGGGAAGAGGUGCACGGCUUGGACGCCUUUGCUACUGGAGAGCUUUCACCCAAGCUGCUCUGGAAGCCCUGCCUUCGCGCUCCAGGGGGGUUGCCUUCUCUAGGCUGGAGGGACAAAGGCUGACCGAUCAGAUAAGCAUUCUGUCCACAUGAAAUCCUGUGGAACAUGAGCUCUGCUUUACGAUAUGGGUUCACCUUAUUUCAUCACAGAUGGAAAGAAGUUUUCAGUUUUUAUUUGCUUCAGAAAGCACGAAAAAUUAUUUAUAAUAGUCUGGCAGAAGAAACACACUGUAAUAUUUCAAGUGUAUGCAGUAGAAUGUACUGUAACUGAGCCCCUUCCACAUGUUUAGGCUCAGAAGGCUCCUGUGGGGCAGCCCAGCUAGCUGUGUCUUUUCAGGGAUGAUGGUGUUCAUGUUUGUGCUGCAGGCGGGUUGCCGCCGAGUGCUUUCUGGGGCCUUCCCAUGAGGCAGGGAGCCGCAGGCUUCUCGCUCGUGCACCCUUUGCCUGACCGACCACCCAUGUAGCUGCUGUGUUGUAUAUAUAGUUCUCUUAAGGCAAGUGUGUAUUGUGUAUGUGUUUUAAACAUCACUUUUCUUAUAGAUUGUAAUUGUACAAUGACUUCUUCACUGAAACCACAAGGUCCUGCUUAAAACUCUGGAAAAGCCAACCCAAUUAGAGGUUUGACCAUUCUGAAGAUUAAAUGCACACUUUUUCUGUAAUGUGACCAGUUAAAUGUAGUUUGUGUUUUACUGGGGACCUUUUUUUUUUUAAAAAAAACACCAAAAAACAAAACUGUGAUUCCCCUCCCACCCCCUUCCUAAUUAUAGGAGUGAGGUUGACUUUGGGAAGAGGGUACAGGAGAGAGAACUCGGUGCACACGUGUGUUCAGUUAUUCUGUGCCGCAGUGCUUCUCAUUGCCAAGUGAGGGUGCAAUGGCUUGCUUCAGCACCUCAGUCUGGUGCUGGUUUGUUCCGUUUCUGUUUAAAGCAGCCUUCCUGCCUCCCUGAAAGCUCACACUGUCCAGAUCACGGAAGCGUCCGGCACAGGGCUGACCCUCUCGACGUUUCAGCUCACAGUGCCUGCAUGACCUUCCCCAUGGCGUGCAGCGCUGAAGCAGCUUCUUUCUUUUGAAUUUUUACUUCCGUUUUAGCCCACAGCUUUUCUUUUUCAGGUUCAAGUCCUCCUUAAAAACAAAAUGCGGUCUUUUUGCGUGGGGUUUCAGUCUUGGCUGUGGGACCCUAGGCAGGACGCGUCACCCUCUGGGUCCUUGUUUUCCGAGCUGUCAUCUAAUCCUAGUAUUCCACGAUUCUGGCUGAGCACGUUCAUGUCAUCAGAGGCUGCUGUGGGUAUGGAGUCAUGUCCUGGGCACCCAAAAGCAAGUGCUUUCGGGGCCUUUUCUAAAUGCUUGUCCUUCGGAUGAGGCAGUAUAUCAGCAACGAAUUAAACAGUGGAGUUGAUUAAUGAUUCAUCAUUCUCACUGAUGAAUGAACUGGGUUUCCCAAACCAGAGACAGAGGGCACCUCAUUUGUCUCAUGUUACCCCAUUGUGGGCAUAUGGUGGGUCCUUGGUUGCAGGGAGUCUCAGCUGGGAUCCAACAGCAGAGAGCCACUCUUUACGGCUGCCUUUGGGGUCAGGGUGCCUGGCACAUGCCUUUGUGGAAGUGGUCACUGAUGGGCACCCAGGGGUCCUGGGGUCCUGGGAAGCUGAAGCUCGAUGCUCAGCAGAGCUGCCAACAAGAAGGCCAGAGGGUCAGCUUGGGUUUUGCUUUCUUCCGAUCUCCCCACACUCUUUCUGGUGAACAAUGGAAUUUCCUAGUGGGGGAGUCAGGAGAGCAAUGCCACCUUGUGUCUAUAUAGCACAAUUUUUUUCUUCCAUUUAUUGAAGGUAUUUCACUUUUCAGGUGGGAUUCAAGAGAGUAUUUUAACAUCUACCUGUGCAGAUCUUAAUGGUGUAACUUGCUUCAGAUCCAUUUUGUGUGUGUGUGAGAAAUAAAAUGUGACUGAAACUGUGUGCCCUCCCUUGUUGUGAAUUCAGUGUCUCACUUGCACGCAAGGCUUUAUGUUUCCCACUUGUUUUUGUAUUCAUAAAUAUCGUGCAGGCCUGACUUAGAGAUUUUUGUUUUGUUUUCCUGUUUGAAUCCUAUACAUUCUCACAACAGCCCUCCAAGGCUCCUCGGGUGAGAGUCGUGAGCACCUUGCUAGUGAGGAAGUUGAGGGCCAGACGGG